AAAUUGCUCUUUGCAACUUAUGAGGGAAUGUGCUCCAUCGGUUUUAAUAUGCUACACGUGAUUGGUUUGCUUAGACCAGCCAAAAAAGUGUGAAGACGAAGGAUUAAAGGACCUAUAUAUAUAUGUUAAAAGCUGCAAAAAUCUAGCCACAUCAUUACAGAGAACCUGCACCAAAUACAAAUGCCUUGUUGGAUGCUAAGAAUACGCCCAGAAUAUGCAGUCCAACUUCAAAGUGGGACAUUGAAAGUGACUUUAAAAGUUUUACGGUGGCGGAUAGUUUUUUCUUGGGUAAAAAACUUUUGGUUGAUACAGCUUUUACUGGAAUGACAAUAUUUGGCUGAGUAUGACUUGAUUCGUGGUAACGCUGCGUUAUUGAAAAAGAAGCUAAUAGUUCAAUUUGAAAUUUUAUUACCAAAAUGUCGUUUCAAACAAAAUUAAAAUUGUUUGUGUUUUUUUGCUAUUACUAUGGCUGCUGUUUUCGCCCAGCCUGAGAAAAUAAAGGAUCCCAAGAUCUUUGUUGCGGGAGGUGGUAAUCAAAAGGAUGGUUAUGAUUUCAUUGCCGAUGUGCGUAAAAAUGUUUACGAAAGUGGUGAUAAACAUUCUUUUGAUAUAACUGGAGGUUAUUCCCAACAUGUGGGUGGUCCUUAUGGUAAUAGUCCUGCAGAUCGUCGUGUAGGUGGCAUCUAUACUUAUAGAUGGUAGAUUUAAAUGGUUUAUAAAUCCUCUUUUUACAGAAACAAACCAACAUUUUAA